GACCUAUGCACUAAGAAAACAGAAGGACAACAGUUCGCUUACCUGUGAAAAACUACAGCAGGAGAAACGUGUCAGAAAUACAGCAGAGAAACUAGCAGCGUUCAACAUGUCAUCUGAUCCAUCUGACACGAUACCCCCUCGACCAGAACUGUUUGACUUCCAUGGGGUACCAAUGACCCACUAUUUCACAGACAACUGGGAGAAUGUUCAAAACUUCCAGGCCAGGCCAGAUGAUAUACUUAUUGCAACAUACCCUAAAGCAGGAACCACAUGGGUGUCCUACAUCCUCGACCUGCUGUAUUUUGGUCAGACAGAGCGUCAAAGAACCGUUCCAAUCUUUGACAGAGUGCCUUUCCUGGAGGUUCUUUUUCCACCUUUGGGUGCAGGAACAGAUCUGGCAGACAACCUCCCCACCUCUCCUCGACUCAUUAAAACUCACUUGCCAGUCCAGUUUGUGCCAAGGUCCUUUUGGCAGCAAAACUGCAGGAUUGUCUAUGUGGCCCGCAAUGCCAAAGACAACAUGGUGUCUUAUUUUCACUUUGAUCGCAUGAACAACGGUCAACCAGAGCCUGGAGACUGGAACAACUACUUCCACAGAUUCAUGGAGGGAAAGCUGGCAUGGGGAUCCUGGUACGACCAUGUUAACAACUGGUGGAAGAAAAAACAGAGUUAUCCAAAAAUGCAUUUCAUGUUCUACGAAGAUCUGAUUGAGGACACUGGACGGGAAGUAGACAAACUGUGCAGCUUUCUUGGUUUGUCUCGUUCAGAUGAGGAGAAGAAAAGAGUCACAGGUGGAUCACACUUUGAUAAUAUGAAAAAGGACGACAUGGCCAACUAUUCUACAAUUGCAGUUAUGGAUUUCAAAAUUUCUCCCUUCAUGAGAAAAGGUAAAGUUGGUGACUGGAAGAACCACUUCACUGUUUCCCAGAAUGAAGAGUUUGAUGAAGACUACAAGAAAAAGAUGACGGACCCCACACUUCAGUUCCGCACUGAAAUUUGAACACGACUAGACAGGCUGUGUGUUUGCGGAGACUUGUCCAUGACUGACUGGACAUGUGGCAUUUCUUUGAGAAAAUGAGGUUACAGUUACCUCUAAUGCAGUGGUUCUCCGUAUUUUUCUGUCAUGCCCCAGUUCAUGACCCUCCGACCUGCAAUUUUUUAAUCACUUGUUAACAAUAAUAUGGGAAGCAAUUGAUAAAAAAAGGAUGCAUGUUGAAUUUUAGUGAAAUAAAAUAAAUAAGGUGUGGAGCGUUUCUUAGGAAUUAUCUGAAUUAAGGAUGUGAACUAUACAUUAUAUUAUGGAAUAUGAUGGAAAUCAAAUGACUGGUCAUGUCUUAAGACGAAUAUUUCUUGCAUGACCCCCCAACUGGAGGUCAAGACAAUGUUAAACUACCCAUAACCCAAAUCAUCCAAGACUUAUUAUCAUAAGUAAGUUAAACAGAGACGUGUCUUUAAGUGAAAUUUGAAUAAAAUGCAAAACGAGACACUCAGGUUUAAAACAGCAAUAUUACAGUCUAAGGAUGUCAUGUUGGUUCUGGGCCACUGAAAUGAGAAAAAUUAUGAUGAUUGAGUAAAAGAUGAAAAAAAAAUCUACUUCAGCACAUAUUUCACUCACAAAUACACUCUCACUCUAAAUAAACACCCCUAAGUGUUUUGCAAAAACCAUAACAGACAAGAUAAGCAACAGGUAAGGCGAGAAAGGUCACACACUUUAUAGUUGUCUUUUUAGCUAUGUGAGAUUUCAGACCGAGACUUCUCCUUAAGUGAGACAUGGACACAAUAACAGAACGGAUCAAGUGAAGGGUAAAGAGAAACUUCAGACAGAAACAUCAGACACUUGUAAUAAUAUUCUGAGUCUUUCUGUGGCGAAAAUAAUUACUUUUAAUGAACGCAAAGUGACUGUGCAGAGUUGCCCCAUGGAGUGUUGUACAGCUGCCGGCUGAAGCCCCCUCUCUCCCUCUCUCAAUACUGGACCAGUUUCAAAAAUUGUUGUUGAGAGAAAAACAAAAAAACAUGG